GAGUCUGGAACGACGUGCGACGCGCGGGUCUCCUCAGAGCCAUGUCUAGGCGGGAACCCGCAGCCAACGCUUCCUCCUCGGGCGUUGCUCCCCGGCGAAGCUCAACCGGGUCCCGGGGCGCCGAACGGACGGCGACGGAGGAGGCGAACCGGAGAGGCCGGGUCGGUAGCAGGGGUGCGGGCGGCGGCUGGAGAGAGCCCGCCGGUGCCGCCCAGGCUACGGCCGCCGGCCGCCGCGAACCGCCGCUCUGCUUCGGGGUGAAGAACGAUGUGGUGGGCGCGGUGAUAGGUCGUGGUGGGUCGAAAAUUAGAGAAAUCCAAAAUACCACAAACACUAGAAUACAGGUAAUAAAAGGAAAUCCUGAGGCAGAAAUCAAAAUUUUUGGUAAUAAAGCCAUGCAAACAAAAGCAAAAACAGUGAUAGAUAAUGUUGUUAAAAAACAACAAAAUUACAUUCCCGGACAUAGAGUUGAUAUUAUUGCAUUCCAACCUACUACUGUUGGAACAGAUACCAGCACAAAUGAGAGUGUAACAGACGAUCAGCCGUUGAUAGAUUGGGAUCAAAUUCGAGAAGAUGCUUUGAAAUGGGAAAAGAAAAAGUGGGCAGAUUUACCUCCAAUUAAGAAAAACUUUUACAUAGAGUCAGCAACGACAAGCUCAAUGUCACAAGUGCAGAUAGACAACUGGAGGAAAGAAAAUUUUAAUAUAACAUGUGAUGACUUGAAAGAUGGUGAGAAACGUCCUAUCCCCAAUCCUAUAUGUAAAUUUGAAGAUGCCUUUCAAAGUUACCCAGAAGUUAUGGAAAACAUUAAAAAAGCAGGGUUUCAAAAACCUACACCAAUUCAGUCCCAGGCGUGGCCAAUAGUUCUGCAAGGAAUAGAUCUUAUUGGAGUAGCACAAACUGGAACAGGGAAGACAUUGUCCUAUUUAAUGCCUGGAUUUAUUCAUCUAGACUCUCAACCACUAGCCAGAGAACAAAGAAACGGACCUGGCAUGUUAGUCCUUACACCCACCCGGGAAUUAGCUCUUCAGGUAGAAGCUGAAUGUUCUAAAUAUUCAUAUGGUGAUCUUAAAAGUGUUUGUGUAUAUGGUGGUGGUGAUAGAGAUGGACAAAUCCAAGAUGUUUCAAAAGGUGUAGACAUCAUUAUUGCAACUCCUGGAAGAUUGAAUGACCUACAAAUGAAUAACUUUGUCAACCUGAAAAGUGUAACCUAUUUGGUUUUAGAUGAAGCAGACAAGAUGCUGGACAUGGGAUUUGAACCCCAGAUAAUGAAGAUUUUGUUAGAUGUACGCCCAGACCGGCAGACUAUUAUGACAAGCGCUACUUGGCCAUAUGCCGUCCGCCGUCUUGCACAAUCGUAUUUGAAAGAACCAAUGAUUGUCUAUGUUGGUACUUUGGAUCUAGUUGCUGUAAGUACAGUGAAACAAAAUAUAAUCAUUACUACAGAAGAAGAGAAACGAACUCAUAUCCAGACCUUCCUCGAGAACAUGUCACCUAAAGACAAAGUCAUUGUCUUUGUCAGCAGAAAAGCCGUUGCUGACCACUUAUCAAGUGAUCUGAUUCUCCGACACAUAUCAGUGGAGUCUCUCCAUGGCAACAGAGAACAGAGUGACCGAGAGAAAGCCUUGGAGAACUUUAAGACAGGUAAAGUGAGAAUACUUAUUGCUACUGACUUGGCAUCUCGAGGUCUUGAUGUCCAUGAUAUCACUCACGUCUACAAUUAUGAUUUUCCACGGAACAUUGAAGAAUAUGUACACAGAGUAGGGCGCACUGGGAGAGCAGGGCGCACUGGAAUGUCAAUUACCCUUAUCACAAGAAAUGAUUGGAGGGUUGCCACUGAACUGAUUAAUAUUCUGGAAAGAGCAAAUCAGAAUAUCCCAGAGGAACUUGUCUUAAUGGCUGAGAGAUACAAAGCAAAUAAACUAAAAAGAGAGAUGGAAAAAAAAAUGGGAAGACCUCAAGGAAAGCCCCAGAAGUUUUACUAAUGUCACGUGUAGCACUAGGUGCCUGCCACAGGAUUCAAGAUUUUAUUCAAAGUGGAAUUGUUGAAACAUACAUCAAUAUGAAGAGACUUGGCUGAUUCUUA